AGCAGGAAAAGGCGAGGACUUCAAAACCCCCUCCCCCCCCCACAACGAAACAGGAGUUUAAAGACGCUUCAGCGGCAGCCGCGAGUAGGACACAAAGCUUCGUCGAAAAAUGGAUGAACUUAAACAUCAAGUGAUGAUCAACCAGUUCGUCCUGACGGCGGGUUGCGCGGCGGACCAGGCGAAGCAGCUUCUGCAGGCGGCGCACUGGCAGUUCGAGACUGCCCUCAGUGCCUUUUUCCAAGAAACCAAUAUUCCCUACGGCCAUCAUCAUCAAAUGUCAUCGGAGGAGCUUGGUUCAGAUGUUGUCGUGUGUCCUUCUCUCUGGGAGUCGGAGAUGUGCACCCCGGCCAACACGCCAGCGACGCCCCCCAACUUCCCGGACGCGCUGACCAUGUUCUCCCGGCUGAAGGCCUCCGAGAGCUUCACCAGCGGCAGUCCCAUGGCGGCCUCCAUGGCCACCUCGCCCCCGCCCCCCCAGGUCGCCGGCUGGGGGGUUCCACCAAAUGUACCCAACGCACCCCAGCCGCCACAGGGACUCUGGACUCAAGGGCAACCGUCCUCGCAGCCCUGCCCCGCCUGGCCGACAGGCGUGAACGUUAAUCCGCACGCGGGGGCCGAGCAGAAGGCUAGCGUAGCGAUGGAGGCCGAGAGAUGAGAGGCUGGAUGGGACUG